AUGGCGCUCAAGCUCAACAGCACAAAUUUGUCCCAAAUCGCAGGUGACCAGAUCAAGGUCCCUACCUACCAGCGUGGUCCCGCUGUCAAGGAGGGAAUUGUCCACAUUGGAGUGGGUGGCUUCCACAGAGCUCACCUGGCUGUUUAUGUUGAUAAAUUAAUGCAAAACCAUGGCGUGACUGACUAUGCUAUCUGUGGUGUUGGUCUGCAACCCUUCGAUGCUACCAUGCGUGAUAUUCUGGGUGAACAGGACUAUCUUUACACUGUCAUUGAGCGUUCCGCCAAAGGAAGCUUGGCCAACGUGGUGGGCAGCAUCAACUCUUACCUCUUUGCCCCUGAUGACCGGGAGGCUGUCAUCGCCAAGAUGGCACACCCGGACACACACAUCGUGUCCCUGACCAUCACCGAGAGCGGUUACUACUAUAACGAGAACACCCACGAACUGCAAAGCGAGCACGCCGACAUCCAAUACGAUAUCAACCCGGCCAACGAGAACCAACCUCGCACCACAUUCGGCUUCCUCUAUGCUGCCCUGGCACGCCGCUACGAGAAAGGUCUUAAGCCUUUCACCGUGAUGUCCUGUGACAACAUGCAGAAGAACGGCUCCAUCACACGUCAUAUGCUUGAAUCGUUCGCCCGCCUCCGCAAUCCUGAGAUUGCCAAGUGGAUUGCCGAGGAGGGUGGAUUCCCUAACGCCAUGGUUGACCGAAUCACCCCUCAGACAUCAGCUGCUGAUAAGACGGCACUUGCCACCGACUUCUCCAUUCAGGACGCAUGGCCAGUUGUGACGGAGCCCUUCAUGCAAUGGGUUAUCGAGGAUAAAUUCUCUGAUGGCCGCCCAGACUUCGAAAAAGUCGGCGUCCAGGUGGUCAAGGAUGUUCAUGCCGUUGAGGAAUUCGAGAAGCACAAGCUGCGUCUGCUCAACGGUAGUCACUCCGCCAUUGGCUACCCAGGCCAGCUUGCAGGCUUCAAAUAUGUCCACGAGGUGAUGGAACACCCAGUGUCUCGCAAGUUUGUAUGGCAGAUGAUGCAGGAUGAGGUGAAGCCCCAUUUGCCCGACAUCCCCGGCGUUAACAUCGAUGAGUACUGCCAAACUCUCAUCGAGCGCUUCUCCAACCCCACAAUCAUGGAUCAGCUACCCCGUGUCUGUCUCAAUGCCUCCGGCAAGAUCCCCCAGUUCAUCAUGCCCUCAAUUGCCGAAGCCAUCUGGGACUCCGGUCCCUUCCGCCGCCUGUGCUUCGUGGCGGCCGCUUGGUUCCGGUACAUCAACGGUGUUGAUGACAAGGGCAACACCUUCCAGGUCGAGGACCCAAUGCGCGAGGAACUUCAGGCCAAGGCCCGCGCGGGUGGUACCGAGCCGCAUGAGUUGCUCUCCAUUAAGAACUUGUUCGGUGACGACUUACGGAAUGAUGAGCGAUUCUUGAAGACGAUCACCACCGCGAUGCAAGAUAUUGCCCGUGAUGGCAUCUUGAAGUCCAUGCCCAAGUAUGUCGACUAA